AUGUCAACUGCCGAUGAAGAUUACUUUGCAAUCGAUUCAAAUAGGAUACCUAAAAAUAACAAGGCAUUACCAAGUGACCUGAUGACGCCAUUUAGUACAAGCAGUGAAGAUCAAACGAGAUCACUAUAUUCCAGGCGAAGGUUUAUUCCAAAUAGAUGGACAACACCGAGUAUAAAGAGUAUCCGCACAGCCAAACUAAAAAGAAUGCGCUUACUGAUCAAACAACCACACCUACCUGAAUUUGAAACUCAGACAUUUUGUGAAAAUUGUGAAAAAUAUGUACAAACAAGGGUGCGGUAUCGAAAUGGAUCGUUGGUAUGGCUAUUAUUCUUUAUGCUCCUACUCUGUACUGUCAUUCUCUGCUGGGUGCCAUUCUAUGUCAAGUACUUUAAAGGCAAAUGUGGCACAUUACUGUCCUGGCUGUGGAAGAAAGAUUGGGACGCAUUAUAG